AUGCCGAGAGGGGGACCCGUGUGUCUAAAAUGUCUUGCCCGGCGACUCCCGUUCGGCGGCACGGGGGACACGCUCAAUCAGCGCUCAACCACCGUUGAUCAGGUACCGUUUUCGGCGCAUCGAAAUGAUCUAUGGGAACGAGCAUGUCUAAGCUUCUUUUUGCGGGUUCCUGAGCGACCUUCAAAGCUCCCAACGAACAGUCCUUCGGGGAGGGAAUAUAUAAUGCGUUACUCUAUGGUAUUGGCAGCUAUUGUCUGCGCAACAACUUUCGUUUCCGCCGCGCCCUUGCCCCACGCCCCCGACGUCGCUCUCCCUUGUAUUGAUGACUGUGUCAAGAACCUCGUGGGAAACAACGUCGAGAACAACACCGAGGGCCUCCAAGAUCUUCCAAGCGGAUCUGAUGUUCCUAGCGGUGGGGCUCCUGCCGUCCCCAACGGCGGUCUCCCGUCGGCACCAACUGCUCCGGGUUUCCCUCACCCAGAUGGCGGGAUGCCUUCUCUCCCAGGAUCCCCUGUAGCACCCGGUUCACCCGAGUCUGUGAACACUCCUCAUGCGCCUAACGUCCCGGGUAGUCCCCACAAUGGCCUUCCAUCAGCACCAACUGCUCCAGGUCUCCCCCACCCUGAAGGUGGCCUCCCAACCGGCGGUCUCCCAACCGGCGGUCUCCCAACCGGCGGUCUCCCAACCGGCGGUCUCCCAACCGGCGGUGUCCCAACCGGCGGUGUCCCAACCGGCGGUGUCCCAACCGGCGGUGUCCCAACCGGCGGUGACAGUGGUGCUCCUUCGGCCCCAGGCCUGGAUGGCAUGCCUGGCCAGUCCAACGAGUCCAAUGGCAUUAACGUUGUACAGAUCAACACUGCCGGUGAACUUGUUUCCGCCCCUACCGAUGGUCUCUCCGGACUUCCAAUUGGCGGUGCCCCCGGACUCCCAUCCGGCGGUGAUUCCGAUGAGGGUCACGACGGCCCCGUCACCACCCCCGGCGACGACGAGGGCGAUGACAGUGACCACGAGGGUGACGAGAGCGAUCACGAGGGUGACGAGAGCGAUCACGAGGGUGACGACAGUGAUCACGAGGGUGAAGACAGUGAUCACGAGGGUGACGAUGAGGGUGACGAUGAGGGCGACGAUGAGGGUGUUACCAUCCCUGGUAACAACAGCGAGGACGGUGACGAGCCUUCCGGCCAUGGAGCUCCCUCAGUUCCUGGAGCUCCCUCGGUUCCUGGAGCUCCCUCAGCUCCCGGAGCUCCCUCAGUUCCCGGAGCUCCCUCAGCUCCCGGAGCUCCCUCAGUUCCCGGAGCUCCCUCAGCUCCCUCAGCUCCCUCAGCUCCCUCAGCUCCCUCAGCUCCCUCAGCUCCCUCAGCUCCCUCAGCUCCCUCAGCUCCCUCAGCUCCCUCAGUUCCCUCAGCUCCCUCAGCUGGUUCUCCCCCAGGCCCAGCCGGCCCUGUGGAUGGCGGAGACUCCCCGUCUCAUCCCGGUGCUCCCUCAGUCCCAUAUACUCCAUCCACUGAUGCUAAUCCAGCCCCAUCCACCCCUGAGCACCCUGUAACUGGUGGAAACACACCAUCUAUGCCUGAAGGCGGUGAUGUCACUCACCCAGAUUUCGGCCAGACCAACGAAAGUGAUGGCGUCAACGUUAUCCAGUUCAACAACGCUGGUGGGCUCGUCGAUAUCCCAGGUGCUCCUUCUGCUGGUGGCCUCUCAUCUGGCGGUGAUCACCCAUCCGGUGAUGACCACCCAUCUGGUGAUGACCACCCAUCUGGUGAUGACCACCCAUCCGGUGGUGCUCCUUCGGUCCCUGGUGCUCCUUCGGUCCCUGGUGCUCCUUCGGCCCCUGGUGCUCCUUCGGUCCCUGGUGCUCCUUCGGCCCCUGGUGCUCCUUCGGUCCCUGGUGCUCCUUCGGCCCCUGGUGCUCCCUCGGCCCCUGGUGCCUCCGACCCAACUUCAGGGCUCCCCCACAUUGAGAACCCUGUUCCCUGUGUUGGCGAGUGCGUCGGAAAGGCCAUUGACGGCGCUCACACUCCUGCCGCCGAUGCCAUUCCUGACAAGGAGCUCUCCGUUGCCGACUGCAGAGACAACAAAGUUGUUUCCGUUAAGAAGGAGGGUCACGAGGUUGAGGGUGAGGUUGUAGGAUACGAGGUUGAGGGUGAGGGCAAGCACGAGCACGUCGAUGCCGAGGGUGCCGCUAAGGAUGCUAAGAAGGCUGCCACUGGUGACAUCCACGAGGAUAAGGAGGUUGAUGCUGGUACCGCUGAGGCUGAGUUCGAGAACCACAACAACGAUGACUAG